AUGGCAGAAGUCGGAAAUAUCGGAUCUUCUAAUCUUACCAAUGAUUAUCGGAGUAUGCCAUCGGAUCAUAUUCCUGGCACGGAGAUUCUCAUAGUCAACGAAUCAAAUGGAAUACACAGAGAUGAAAUAAUUCUCAUCCCGAAGCCGCAAAAUGACCCUCAUGAUCCUCUUAACUGGUCCAUUUGGUGGAAAUACGCAUGCCUUGUGAACAUGCUCUUUCUCAUGUUCCUUGGGAAUUUCUCUACUCUCUCAAUUUCCCCCUUGACACCUGUCUUGAUGGAACAAUUCAGUACCACUGAAUCGAAGGUCGCUGCCCUAACAGGUGCUUGCAUUUUGGCUUUAGGUUAUGCAAAUUUCAUCAUCAUUCCCUGCGUCAACAUAUUCGGUCGUCGAUCCACAGCUCUUACAUGUAUGUUGAUCUGUGUUGGUGCGAACAUCUGGCAAGCCGUGAGCACAUCGUAUCAUUCUCUUCUCGGUGCCAGGGUCUUGAUUGGAAUUGGCGCUGCAUCAAGUGAGAGCAUUAUGCCGGUAGUCAUAUCCGACUUGACAUUCUUGCAUGAGCGAGGGACGUGGAUGGCUACUUAUUUUUGGGCGUACUUUUUCGGAGGAUGGGUGGGACCCAUUGUUUCUGGCAGUAUAGCCGACCACGUUUCUUGGAGGUGGUUUUUCUGGCUGUCGACUAUUCUUAAUGUGGUUAGUUUCGUUGGUAUGUUUUUUGGUCUACCCGAGACGAAAUAUUGCAACAAAUCGGAUCUAUCACCGGAUGUAAGACAUGAACUCUCACAGUCAACAAUUGAAGGAACAACAACAAUCGGAGAGAAAGGGUCUAAACAACCAUCAGAAAUCGACAUUGAAACCCAAUUGACCAGACCGGAUUUGCAUCCUCUUUUGGGCCGCGGAUAUCCCAGUCCCAGUCAGAGGUGGCGACUGUGGAACAAGCCAGAUACUAUGACAUUCAAGCAACUUUGCAAACAUGUGCUCACGCCGUUUCAUCUCGCCAUAUUUCCGAUUACUCUUUUUGCAUCUCUGGCGGUUAUGGCAGGCUCAGCUUGCCUGCUGGUCUUGAACCUCACUGAGUCUGAAGGAUUUUCUCGUGCUCCAUACAAUUUCUCAACUGCAUCCGUGGGAUUUACAAAUUUCGCACUAAUGGGCGGUGGUAUCGUUGGUCUAGGAGCGGCAGGGCCGUUGUCUGAUUGGGUGUCUAUGGUUUUGACCAAGAGAAAUAAUGGAGUUCGGGAGCCAGAGAUGCGGCUAUUGACUUUUAUACCUUUUAUUGCUAUUGCCGUGGUUGGAAUGACGGUUGCCGCUGUUGGUCUUGAGCGUAUCUGGCCAUGGGAAGUGGUAGUAAUUAUUGGCUUUGGUUUCACGGGAGUGAUAGUUAUGGCAAUCCCGACUAUCGCGACUACAUACGCAAUUGAUAGCUACAAGAACAUGGCUGGUGAGAUCAUGGUGUUGGCGACAGUUGCAAAGAAUACAUUUGGGUAUGGACUGACGUACUUCAUAAUACCAUGGGCAACUGAGCACGGAUAUCUUUAUCCGAUUAUCACGGUUGGAAUGAUUGCGGUCGGUAUUACUCUGAUCGGGUUGAUUCUUUUCUUCUCCUUUGGGAAGACAUUUCGGCGAUGGACAAGAAAUUCGGGAGUACACCGGGAGUCUCUAUAG